AUGUCCGCCAGCGCCGUGUCUGGCGCCCCCUGGAUCAACAGGCUGAUCCGGCAGAGCUACACGGAGCGCACUGGUGACGGCCAAAAUGAUAAUGGGGACUUUCAAGACAAUAGAGAGCCGAGCCGCGAUGAUUUCGACGCCCAACCCCGCCCAGCGCAACAGGAGAAGACUUGUCCAGAAUUUACUCUAGGUCCCGGGAACAUUCAGAGUUUUGGAGCCCUGGUGGCGCUGCGACCAAAUCAGAGCAACGAUGCCAUCCAUCUGCCCGUGGACGUGGUUAGCGAGAACGCCUUCGAUAUUCUAGGAUACCAACCUGCAGCACUUUUUGGCCUUUUGAGCUUUAUUGACAUCGUGGCGGAUUCGCAGAAGGAUUUCUUCCUCAACCAUAUCAACACAAUUAUCCUGGAUCCAGAGCUUGACCCAGGUGCAUCCGGGUUGGAGGUGUGGCCAUUGGAUAUCCAGCUCCCGACCGGACUUACCCGACCGCUGUGGUGUGUCAUCAGUCGACAACAGGAUCUGAUUCUUUGUGAAUUCGAAAAGCAAGAGAGCUCGGCAGCCCCUGAAGAGACAGGGGGGCGCUGCAGCCCGUCAGAGGAGGGCCCUUCGUCUCCGGAAUGCGCCCCCGCAGAGAUCACCCCGAGACCGCGUCUUCGUCGACGUCGGACGGAUCAGAAGUCGCUCUGUAGCCUCAUUGGGAAUAUAUCCAAAGCAGACGACCGACUGUUACACACCAAUGAUGUACAACAGCUGUUGGAGACCGCCACAACUCUGAUUCACGGGAUGACGGGCUUCGAUCAUGUGAUGAUAUAUCAGUUUCACCCAGAUUGGAGUGGUCAGGUGAUGACCGAAGCCAAGGGUCCGGGUGCAGGACAAACCAGCUACAACGGCCUGCAUUUCCCGGCGACGUUUCUACCACAGGAGAUGCGUGACGUGUAUGAGCACAACCGAAUUCACCUCUUACACGACCGCACAGCACCCGUUUUUGGGCUCUUCUAUCGCCAAGAAGGAAAUGUCGCCAUUGACCCAUCUGUGAUUAUGAACUCGACAUACCUUCGCGCCAUGCACCCGUUCCAACUGGGUUAUUUAGCGUCGAUGGGUGUUCAGAGUAACAUCUGCAUCAGCAUCAAAGUUCGAGAUAGACUCUGGGGCCUGAUUGUGUGCCACUCCUACCGGCAAAGGGAAGAAAGAGUGCCGUUCAUGACGCUGAGGAAUUGCAUUCUGGUCGGUAAUAGCAUCUCCAUGAACAUUGAGCGACUGACCCACGAACCUGAGGCCAAAACCCUCUCUCUCCCCGAACCUCAGCCCUAUUUGGCAGGCCAGAUCUUGUCCUCGGCAGAAGGGUUGCUAGACCUCUUUAUGGCCGACUUUGGUGUGAUCUCGAUUGGAAACGAGAUCCGGCUUCUUUCCAGGCGGGAGGCAGCACUUCCAACAGAGUGUUUUGAAUGGUUGAACCGUCUCAAACGAAUGCAGAUCUGGACCGUGCGAAGUUCAAACAGCCUGCAGCAGGAGUUUGGAAUGAAGAACAGCCCCGUUUCAGGGUACCUGUAUAUUCCCAUCUCAGCCGGCGAAGUUGAUUGCAUGGUUCUCUUUCGAAAAUGUGAGUCAAAGAAGUCGAGCUGGGUGCAGGAUCCGUACAGGCACCGAACAGUGCAAGGGUUUGACCCUGCGUCUCAGCCAGUGGAGGCCUUCCAAAUCCAUGUGAUCCUCAACCAGACUCCGGGGCCAGACUGGCAGGAGUCGGAUCUCCAGCACGCAGAAGCUCUCAGCUUCCUCUUUACUCUAUUCAUCGAAGUAUGGCGCGAAAACGAAGCUACCGUGCGGCAGACGCGGAUGACAGAGCUCUUGCUGAAGAACUCGGCCCAUGAGCUGCGCACGCCGUUGAACGCAGUUAUCAACUAUCUCGAACUAGCGCUGGAGAAGUCCCUGGACCCAGGCAUCCAGCACUGCCUCACGCAGGCCUCGUUCAUGACCAAGUCAGUGUUCAAUCUGAUUGACGAUCUGACCGAUCUCACCAAGAGUAAGAAGGAGCUGUUGGACAUCCAAUACUCACGCUUUGGUCUGCGAGAAUCACUGGGCAACGUGCUGUCCUUGUUCCGGGCAGAGGCCGACCGCAAACAUAUCCGGCUUCAGCUGCUAAUGCAAGAAGACACGGAGGUCUAUGUUCAUGGUAAUCGACGUUAUCUGCAGUCCGCGAUCGCUGCCAUUCUGACCAAUGCCUUCACUGCAACGACCAAGGGCACCAUCACUCUGGAAUACGCAGGCGCGGCUGACUUGUCCGGUGUCUGUCAGAUGGCCAUCUCGGUCCGGGAUACCGGCAGGGGCAUUUCCUCGGGAUCUCUAGCAAGAUUGUCUGGUGCAGUCAACACGAUUAUCACCGGUUUCCAGCCUACCCAUCAGCCGCCGACACUUACCCUACAGUCCCCUGGCCAUCGGUCGUCCAGUCCUUUGGGGUCCGGGCUCACGCUCGUCUCACACGUCCUCUCCCACUAUGAUGGCCGCUUGGAAAUCGAAUCCAAGAAGCGGAGCGGCAGUUUAUUUAGGCUGGUCAUGCGGAUGCCCAUUGCAGCGGACUGA